UGUGUGUGUGUGUGUGUGUGUGUGUCGUGCUCGCUGCAUGCUCUCAGCAGGCGAGCCAGCCAGUGUGAGCUGCGCGGCGCCUCGGACGAGUCGUCCACGCUCGGGUAGAGGAGGAAGAGGAAGCGCGCGCUGCUUUGCGUGGAUUUGUCCGUUUCUCGAGCACAUUUCGGAAAAAGGUGGGGGGGGCGCGAUGUGUCCAGAGCCGAGCCGUGUCAGUCUGCGCCCCUGACCCCGGGCAGCCAGCCCGUCUUUAUGGAGGCGAAAGAGAAAGAGCGAAGCGAAGUAGCAGCCAGCCCACUGCGCCCCUCGCUCCCUCCCUCUGGAGCCCGAUGUCUGAGCGAUGGUAACGCAUGACCGAGGCGGGAGGGACCAUGGCUGAGCGGGCCAGCAAAUUCCUGCUGAUCGUGGUGGGCUCCGUGUUCUUCAUGCUGAUCCUGUACCAGUACGUGGCCCCCGGCGUGAUCGGCUUCGGCUCCCCGCACGGCUACCUGGGCGAGGAGGACAUGACCAUGUUCCCCACCCCGGACCCGCACUACGUGAAGAAGUACUACUUCCCCGUCAGGGACCUGGAGCGAGCCGUGGACUUCGAGAUCAAGGGCGAGGACGUGAUCGUGUUCCUCCACAUCCAGAAGACCGGCGGUACCACCUUCGGCCGCCACCUGGUGCAGAACGUGCGGCUGGAAGUGCCCUGCGACUGCCGCCCGGGCCAGAAGAAGUGCACUUGCUACCGGCCCAACCGAAAGGAGACGUGGCUCUUCUCGCGCUUCUCCACGGGCUGGAGCUGCGGUUUGCACGCGGACUGGACCGAGCUCACCAACUGCGUGCCGGGGGUCCUCAACAAGAAGGAGAGCAAGAGCAAGAAGCUGAGGAAGUUCUAUUAUAUCACCCUGCUACGGGACCCUGUGUCGCGGUACCUGAGCGAGUGGCGACACGUGCAGCGGGGUGCCACGUGGAAGACAUCUCUGCACAUGUGCGAUGGCCGCACGCCCACCCCUCAGGAGCUGCCCUCCUGCUACGAGGGCUCGGACUGGUCGGGCUGCACGCUGCAGCAGUUCAUGGAUUGCCCAUACAACCUGGCCAACAACCGACAGGUGCGCAUGCUGGCCGACCUGAGCCUGGUGGGCUGUUACAACCUGUCCACGCUGCCUGAGAAGAAGCGUGCUCAGAUCCUGCUCGAGUCAGCCAAGAAGAACCUGCGUGACAUGGCCUUCUUUGGACUGACCGAAUUCCAGCGCAAGACGCAGUACCUGUUCGAGCGCACCUUCCGCCUGCGCUUCAUCCGGCCCUUUGUGCAGUACAACAGCACACGUGCAGCCGGCGUGGACCUGGACGAGGGCACCGUCCGCCACAUUGAGGAGCUCAACGAGCUGGACAUGCGCCUCUACGACUACGCCAAGGACCUCUUCCAGCAGCGCUAUAUGUACAAGCACAUGCUGGAGCGCCGCGAACAGAGGAUGCUGUUGCUCCGUGGACGGGCCGCCCCGCAUGGGAUGUCCCGGGAUGAGGGGGGCGAGGGGACGGCACGCCUGCCCACCGAGGACUACAUGAAUCAGAUUGUUAGCGGAUGGUAGCGCAGUGGAGAUCUCUUCUAAGAGAAAGAGAAAAGCAGAGGGAAAAAGACAGAGGAUUAUUGUGGGCGGAGCUAGCUCACAUAGAGAGAGAUGGGGUCAUUAUAGAUGCUCUCUCUUUGCCCCCAAGGAAUGCCAGCUUGUUCCAUAGUUGGAAUAGGACUAGUAAAAGAACGUGGUCAGUGAGAAGGAUAAUGGUGUAGGGUUCCCACUUGCAAGCCUUUUUUCUUCCUAGAAAGAGAGAGAAAGGAAGAUGAUGCGCUUGUCCUGUCUUCAUCUUUGAGGUUCAUUACGGACUCUCUCUCUCUCUCUCUCUCUCUCUCCCUCUUUCCCUCUUUCCCUUUUUGAUCGGUUUGAGAAGACUAGGGGUGUAGGGUGCACACUUGCGAGCCUUUUUUCUUGGGAGGGAGAGGAAGAUGGUGGGUGAAGCCAUCUCGGGUUCUCCCCACCGAGAGAUUAGGGAUCAUUUUGGACACUCUCCUUCUGUUGCCUGAAGGAAUAUGAGCUUAUUCCUGAGGUGGAACUAAACUUGCUGGAGGAUAUGGUCAUGAGGAGACGAAAGGUAUAUGGUGCACACUUGCCAGCCUUUUCUUCAGAGGCAGAGACAGAAGGGAAGAAGGUGGGCGGAGCUAUCCGGUCUUCAUCACACCGAGAGACAGGGGAGCAUUAUGGACUCUUUCCAUCACUUCCCCCAAGGAAUAUAAGCUUGUUUUUAAGUUGGAACCACACUAGCCGGAGAAUGUGGUCGAUGACUAGAGGUUUAGGAUUCAUACUUCCAAGCUUUUUCUUUCCUUCAGUUUGCCAUCCCAAACGAUUAAGGGCAAACUCAACUUCCCUUCAGACACACAGGACAAACCCCCGGAAAGGCUGUCCCCGGCUCAGCCAUGCAAGUGUUAUUUCGCAUUGCUGCAAAGCCUAGUUUUGUAAAAGAAUGAAAAUAAUCACUGAAUUGAUUGCUUCAGGAAAGUCCCAAGAAUUUCUGAGAUGUUCAGAACUUUUUAUAUAUCCCAUGUAUAAAUCUUCAGUUGUGUUUUUUUUUUGUUUUGUUUUGUUUUUUAAACUGAUGUGAAGUGCAGAGAACGACUGGAAUUUCCUGCAUCAGAUUACUAACAGAUGCUGUGACCAGUUAUGUUUUUAGGGAGAUAUAUAUCUUAAUAUAUAUAACGGACACAGCCUUGUUUUUUCCCUCCUUUGUGUUUCUGCCAUUGAGCGUGCUAAGUGGCCCCCUUGAGCCUGACAUUUUCCUUGCCAUUUUAACAGAGACAUUCAUGGAGAGAUGUGCUCUGCUGAUGGAGGGAUGAUUGCCAGCGUCGUGGUCAAUUCAGAUGUGGCAGACCACCAUUUCAGAGUACAGCUGGACAAUAGGACACAAAAUGAGACAAUAUUUUUUUAAGCGCUGCUUUAGCACUGAGUGACCGUUUUUGUGUAUGUGUGGCGUACAGUACCAGUCAAAAGUUUGGACUCACAUCCUCAUAGAAGACGUCUAUCGUAGUGGGGACAUCAGAACAAUGCGAUAACACACAUACGAUUGUUCAUUGACCAAAAAUUUUCCAAAAUAUCUCAUAUUUUAAUUACAUUUUUCAAAGUAGCCUGCUGUUGCCUUGAUGCAGCUCUCUAAGCAGCUUCCUGGGAUUCUCUUCCAACAGGUUUGAAGAAGAUCUAAACAUGCUGAGACCUUGUUGGCUCCAGGGAAACUACUAGUUGGAACACAUUUAUUUAUGUAUGCAUCAACUUCACUAUUUAUAUUUGUCACGGAAACUAAUUUUGAGCAUUUAAGCAUAAGGCGUUAGAUUAAGCUCUUUAAGAUUAUGAAAAACACAUUGUCAGGUCUAAAAUUUUGUCUGGUACUGUAAUGAACUGUAAUGUGUGUGUGUGUGUGUGUGUGUGUGUGUGGGUGCGCAUGUGUGUGUGUGUAUAGAAUCUUCAUUUUGCAUUAGGAGUUAUCUAACGGCUGAAUUAUACUUCUGCAUCUGAGUGUCUGUGAACAUGAGCAGAAGAUGUUCCCAUAGGUGUCUGCCAGCAUACAGGCUUGUAAUGUGAACGUGUGCACUAGGGGGCAGUGUCCAAACUAGAAUGUACAGCAGAGGUCACUAAUAGGUGGACCACGGUCCGGGUCCAGACCCAUGCUGUCCUAUGAGGACCUGAACUGAUAAACUGAUAAACUAAGGAGAAUUACUUCAUUUCGACAGGGUAGUCCUAUUUUAACCAGCGUAACUUUUCUAGCCUUUACAGUACAGCUUUAGCGGCCCGGGAGACUUGCAGACCAAUCACAUGACGCUACUCAGCCAGUCAGAUCUGUGCAUUACGAUGAGCACUGAGACUCGAGUCAGUGACGCACACACAGGGGAUCCAAGCAGUUGGAAAAGAAAGUGAGCCAUAUUUCCUUACAUGGCAUUCUCUAAAAAGAGAAAACUGACAUAAAUAUUGUUGAAAUCUGACUGAACUGGACUUCAUUUGAUCUGAUAUUCAGUUGUCGACUGUAUAAGAUGCUGAUAUUCCUACUCGGCUACUUCAGUAAACGGUAUAUGGCACUGAAUCACGAUGCAAGUUAGACAUUAUGAUUUUCUGGACAUUUGCUGGAAGGAAAUUUGCACUAACUGGGCCUUAUUGAAUUGAAUUAUGUACAGAAAAUGAAGAGAAAAGUCUGGAGAUGUUUGUGUCAUUGUGCAAGCCGAUCCUCAAUCUGCUCUCUUUAAUUUUGCGCUAGUUCUGGUUUGGAUCGAGUGUUGUUUUGGUCUAGUCCCGCCCCCCAACACUACCAGAGAGCCAAUCAGCAUUUGCUUGAUAAACAGUUCUGCAGAUUAGCAUGACACAUAGUUAAGAUGUAUGGCUUGGUGUCAGCAAACAUCUUCUAGCUGUGCCUACCACGGAUAGGCAUUUUAGUCAAAUUCAAUUCAGAUAUUUUUAAGGAUUUCUUCUAAAAAUAUUUGCAAAAUCACAAACACCCACUCCAAAAAUGGCACAGUGUCAAUGUUGCAAAGCAUCGCUUUUAUUAAGCACCAAAAGUUUUGUGAGUUCGAACAGCUUGCUUGUGGAAGAGGAAGGAAGGGAAGGAGGGAUAGAGUUAUUGAGGCAGAGAGGGAAGUGCUUCACAUAUUAAAAAUUCCCCAGAUAAAUUUCCAGCUAAAGCUACAGGUUACCGCAUGGUGGACACAUCAACCGGAUGUAGUAUCCAAGUUACUGUACCAGAGCAGACCAGGCCCAUAAAUGGUUAAUAGUUGACAUGUGGCUUGAAACUGACGCUGAGGAAAGCCAAUCUAAGGUCUUUAAAACUGAGCUUGGUAAGAUAUUUUCUUGUUAAUAUUAAAAUAAUUAUUAAGUCAGGAGAAAAACCACUGUAAAUAUCUCAUGUAAAGUCAGAGGAGUUUUUCAUACCGCGUCAUAUCUCAUUUCAUGUUAGCAUCACAUGCACAAACUCAAAAAGAAGGUCUGGUUAGAUGUUCAGGAUUCAAACAUUAAUAUUAUACGCACAUUAUUAUACGCACAUCCUCAAAAGACACGUCUUUCACUAAGUUUUGAUUCUUGGAAUUCCUUUUCAACAUGCUCAGUCAUCAGAUUCAUCUGCUCGGGAAUGGGGCGCGAAGCAUGACCUCAUCUCCAAAUCCCAAAAUCUCACAGGGUGUAGCUUUAAGACACUUUAGCUGAGAUCGACUCAGUAGCUGAUUCACAUCAUAACCUUUUAGCUGGAAACAGUGAGUUUGUGAUACCAAAUAUGAUACAUUUGCUAGAUGACGUUGAUUCCACUAAAUCCAUGCGAGGAGAGUGUGAAGCUUGUUUAUGUGCAUUUUUCUAUAAUACCUCGUGUGAGUGGCCCCACGCAGCAUUUCUCAUCUGGUGUGUGGUAGCCUUUAGACCAGUGGUCACCAACUCAGCCCUUCCUACAGACUUCAGGACCUUAAUCAGCCCCACCUGCUUUGUCUAAUUGCCUGAUUAGCUGAAGGAGGUGUUUUAUACUUUUGUUGGAGGUGAAACCUGCAGGAGGAGGGUUGGUGACCGCUGCUUUAGACGGCUAUGGGAGUCUUUCUGUUUGCUCAUUUGGACCAAAGCAGUGGUCGGCAACAUGCAGCUCUGGAGUCAUAUGUGGCUCUUUUACUGCUCUGUUUGUGGCUCCGAUGCAGAAUUAGAUUAGUAAAAUAAAAGAACAAAUAAAAGAAUAAAAUAACAAAUUAGUAAAAUAUAAGAAUAAUUAUUAUAUUAUAUAGAAUAAUAAAUUAUUCUAUAUAUUUUAUUAUAUAGAAUAAUAAAAAUGUAUUAGUAAAAUAAAAGAACAAAUAAAAUAAUCCUCCUUUGCAGUAAAAUGAAGCUCUGCUGGUCGUUCAACGCAGUCGCUGGAAUUAACACAUGACUACUAAUUCACCCUUGAACCGUCAAGAUUGUCGCACUGACUGCUGGUCACCAUAGCGACGCAGACAACAGUCUCGCCUAGCUCGUAGCUAACGAAAAGGCAAAGAUUAAAGACCAUCGUCAAUAAUUUGGUGCCGUAUGGACCUUUCCUUAAAUGUUUAAUGUGCAACGAGAAACAAACGCAAAAACGUUGUGAGGCUGAAGUCGCUUCUCCUUCGUCAGCUUCUUGUUUGAAUUCUCCCCUUCCACCUUUAAUAGUGCAGAGGUCACAUUCUGGCGCCACAGACACCAUUUAAGGUGGAACGCGAAAAUUCGAACAAGAAGCUGGCAAAUGAGAAGCGACUUCAGCCUCAUAAAAAUCAAACAUUAAGAGACAUUUUACAAGAAACUUUAAAGGCUUUAAACU